CUCGCACCGCCACCUUCAAUUUAGUCAACGCGAAAAUCUCAAAACGAACGGUUCACUUUUAUAAAACAACUUCCUCGUCGUCGUACAUCGUCGUUGUACUAUUCUCUAUAAAAAAAAAAGAAGGAAAAAUUAAAUUUCCAACAAGACUAAGAGUGAGAGUCAUGAUAAAUGGGAAAUUCUUUACUGGCCUACCGGCCAAUAUGGUCGACAAGAGGCAUCAAACCCUUAAUCGUCAAGAAACACAUUUCUUUUGGCCCGAUGACACGCAAAAUGUGUCCUCGGUGGAUUCAAGGACUAAGCGAAGGACGACAACAAACAAUGACCAAGUUGACAAUCGAAAUGGUUACCCGCCUCGAGGGGAUCAAUCAAAUUCCGAUGCCGAAAAUAAGGAACGUUUUAAGAAAGAGUUCACGAGGUCAAGUAUUCAAUUUUAUGAUAAUGUCGAAGACUCACCAGUGCGCAGGAAUCGUAAGAAAUUGACAGUUCCACCAAAUAAACUUCAAAAUGUUGAACCUCCAGCGAAUUUGCAGGCUAAAAGGAAGGAAAACCUUACGUCAAAGAUUCAGUUUGGUGAUUAUUCUGAGGAUUUGAAUAAUGCUCCGAAACCAGCUGAUAAAAAUAAUAAAGCAGAACUUGAGAGGAAUAAUAAAAACAGUCCGAAACUUCUCAAUAAAAACCUUUCCCUUGAUCCACCUGAUGAAGGCCUAAAUUUCAUUGAAAACGAUGUGAGAGAUAUGAGGUUAUCAGCGCCACCUAGGCGUCGAAAUACUUCACGAGACUCUCGUCCCAGAUAUGGUCCACCUCCCUUACAUCUUCCAGUUGAGGAUCCAUUCUAUUCGGACAUUCACGAUGACUAUAAUCCUCCUCCAAGAAGUCGUCCCCAUCUUCCUCCACCAUCAAUCCGAAGUAGAUACUCCGAGUCGGAUCCAGAUUACGAUGAAUACAUUCCAAGACGCUCGCAACCACCCAGAUCCAAUUAUUUCGCCCGUGAUUCUUUGGAUUACAUUGACGGCCAUCCAUCUGCUCGGAAUAACUAUUACGAUGGUGCAGUUCCAUCUAGGAAACUAGGACGGCAGCAGGUGCAAUCCACGUACUCCUCCGCCAAUGAGUACACCAGUAAUUAUGGAGACUCUCCACCACCUCCACCACGGCUAUCAGCCCAACAGAGGAUGCCAAGAAAAGGUACGAACAUCUUGAAGGUAGACAAUGACAUCAGGAACAAUGAACAAAGACAGAUGAUGAUACCGCCGCAACCGCAAGCAGCGACAUCGCCACCAUCACCCUCUCACCAGCAUUUGCGGAGCAACAUAUGUUUCAGUGACACUGAAUCAGCAGCCUCUGGCCGCCCACCACCACCUCCACCCCCCUCUUCUACAUCAUCAGUAUCAAGCAAGAAGAACAUCCGUAGCAGUGCGGUGAAUAGAGUGAGCGUGGGCUUACCAGAUUAACUAUAAAAUGCUCCAGCGGAACCAUUAGAACACCAUCAAUGGGUGUAUAAUUUAUGGAAGCACUUUUCCUUGUCGCGUACUGAGAGAAAGAGAGAAGAAUGGCCAUACAAAAAAAAUGUAAAAAAAAAACAACAACAACAAAAA